AUGGACUUUGGAAGCUCACAGGAACCUCCCGCCAAGAAGCGGAGGUUCUUUGCUGACCCGGAUGAAGCUUCCUCGGACCCCGUGUUCCCAAGUCCCCUUGCCGGCUCCCCACUGCCCCAGCGGAAUCGUUUCUUCAAGGAUGAAGACGACAUUAAGCUGGAGGGGCAAGACGAGCGAACCGUCCUCGCCGAGAGAUCCCAGAAUGAAGUACCGGAACCAUCGACCCCGGUACAACCGAAACUGGAGCCGCCGCCCGAAUCGAAUCAUGGCUCGUCGUCCGUGACCUUCGACCAAGAGACCUUUGAGAGCUUCAUUGGCGACAAAGUGAAGCCGGACGUUCUCAGAGCAAUCCGAGACCACUGCGGGGACAAUCUCGAACGAGCGGUCAAUAUGUAUUUCGACGGGACAUACAAGAAGUUCACCAAAAAGACGACACAUGUCACCCCUUCAAGACUGGCUUUCGAAACUCCAAAGCGCCCGACUUCCGACGCCACGGCAGAACGACCAUCCACAACAGCAGCUCAGCGUAGAAUGCCGAAUUCGAGAUACAUAGGGGCCUUUGGUGUUGAAGGAUGGGCUACACGAAGCGGCACCAACCUUUUGAAGCAUGGCGACGUUGUCAAGAUUGAGCGACAGAAGAUCCAGCCGCCUCAACCCCCAAAGAUUAAAGGGAAGUUCGGCGGUUCUGUAACACCCUCCAGACCAAAUAAUGUAGCUUCGAGACGGGUUGACGUCAUUGUGCGCUUCACGAGCCAGAGUGGAAUGGAGAUUGGCAGGCUUUCCAAGGAUACUGCGAGUUGGGUUUCCACGUUGAUGGACGAGAAGAUCUGCAAGUUUGAAGGAACCUGCGUUUAUGCGCCUGACCGACUCAGAACGAACGACACCGUCUUCCUACAACUGACGUGUUCCCUUCUAAAAUCGGCCUUCUUCAGUCGUGGCUUUCAGCUUGCUGAUGACAGAUCCGCCGUUAUUUUCGAGCAGACUGAAACAGCCGACGAGAAGCAACUUCGACUUCGGCAAGUUGCCCUGGUCAAGUUACUCCAGGAAAUCAACCUGCAACCGACCAUGACGAAUGCUGCCGCGAAAGAUGGUCGCAAAGGGUUGUUGGAGGCAGCUGAGCAAGAUGAGCAAAAACAGAAAGACCCGAAGAAGGCUCCCACAAAUGGCAAAGACCCCGGAUCUGACCCGUCCUCGGAUGUCGAGGAGGGAGAAGAGUUGGAACAAGAUCAACUGGAUGCGUUGUACAAGAAAGCACAAUCCUUCGACUUUAGUACCCCCGAAGCAGAGCCCGCAGACACCUUCGCCAUGACACUUCGUACCUAUCAAAAGCAAGCACUGCACUGGAUGAUGGCCAAGGAGAAGGACGAACAGAGCAACAGAGAGCCGUCGAUGCACCCGUUGUGGGAGGAGUACAUGUGGCCGCUCAAGGAUUUUGACGACAAGGACCUCCCGCAGGUCGAAGGACAGCCCAAAUUCUAUGUCAACCCUUACUCCGGUGACCUUUCCCUUGACUUCCCCGCCCAGGAGCAACACUGCCUGGGAGGUAUUCUGGCAGAUGAAAUGGGUCUGGGAAAGACGAUUCAGAUGCUGAGUUUGAUCCACUCCCACCGAUCCGAGAUUGCACUGGAGGCCCGCAGACCGGCAACAGAGCUCACAACCGUGAAUCAGCUCACCAGGUUAGGCAUGAACUCAGAGUCAGUCUUGCACGCGCCAUGUACCACUCUGGUUAUUGCUCCCAUGUCCCUGCUCUCACAGUGGCAGAGUGAGGCCGAGAAGGCGUCCAAGGAGGGCACCAUGAAGAUUGAGCUCUACUACGGAAACGAAAAGUCGGCAAAUCUUCAGGCUCUCUGCUGUGCUUCAAAUGCAGCUAGCGCUCCUGAUGUUGUCAUUACAAGUUACGGUGUGGUGCUCUCUGAGUUCACCAGCAUUGCUGCCAAGAACGGAGACAAGGCAUUCCACAAUGGCAUCUUUUCCCUCAAGUUCUUCAGAGUGAUUCUUGACGAGGCGCACCACAUCAAGAACAGGUCUUCAAAGACGGCGAAAGCUUGCUAUCAGAUCGCGGCCAAUCACAAAUGGGCCCUCACAGGAACGCCCAUUGUGAACAAGCUGGAAGACUUGUUUAGCUUGGUGCGAUUUCUGGGAGUCGAGCCUUGGAACAACUUUUCGUUCUGGAGAACAUUCAUCACGGUACCCUUUGAGUCUGGAGAAUUCGUGCGCGCGUUGGAUGUGGUGCAGACCGUCUUGGAACCUCUUGUGCUUCGACGCACCAAGGACAUGAAGACCCCUGACGGCGAGCCACUUGUACUCCUGCCCCCGAAACAAGUUGACAUUGUCGAAGUCGAGCUAUCACAAACCGAGCGAGAAGUCUAUGAUUACAUCUUCAACAGGGCGAAACGGACCUUCUCUCAAAACGUCGAAGCCGGCACCGUCAUGAAAGCAUACACAACCAUUUUUGCACAGAUUCUUCGGCUCCGCCAGACGUGCUGCCAUCCUAUUCUCGUCCGCAACCGUGACAUUGUGGCGGACGAAGAAGAAGCCGGGGCGGCGGCCGAUGUGGCAGCAGGCCUAGCAGACGAUAUGGAUCUCGAGUCUCUCCUAGCACAAUUUACAGCGGUGACGGAUGAGGCUUCGAAGGAGAAUAACCGGACCUUUGGCGCCCAUGCCUUGGAGCAAAUCCGGGAUGAGGCGGAGAAUGAGUGUCCUUUAUGUUUUGAGGAGCCGAUGAAUGACCAGACUGUCACUGGCUGCUGGCACUCGGCCUGCAAGAAAUGCUUGCUUGACUUUAUGAAGCACGAGACUGAUAGGGCAGUUGUUCCUCGAUGCUUCAACUGUCGCGAGCAUUUGAACCAGCGAGAUCUGUUCGAAGUUGUUCGCCACGAUGACGAGCUUGAUAGUUUCUCCAAGAAGCCGCGAAUCAGCCUACAGCGACUGGGUGUCAAUGCAUCGUCGGCAAAGGUGACGGCAUUGAUUUCUGAACUUCGAAGCCUGCGAAAGGAACAUCCGAAGAUGAAGUCGGUCGUCUUUUCCCAGUUCACCUCUUUCCUCUCACUUAUCGAGCCUGCACUCGCCCGGAUCAAUGUUAAGUUUCUACGCUUAGAUGGAUCCAUGGCGCAAAAGUCCCGGGCUGCUGUGCUUAAUGAGUUCACGGAAAGGAAGGGAUUCACUAUCCUCUUACUGAGCUUGCGCGCUGGCGGUGUAGGACUCAAUCUGACAAGUGCUGGGCGAGUCUUCAUGAUGGACCCGUGGUGGAGUUACGCAGUGGAGGCACAAGCUAUCGAUCGAGUGCAUCGUAUGGGACAAGAGGCAGAAGUUCAGGUGAAGAGAUUUGUGGUCAAGGAGAGUGUGGAGGAACGGAUGCUAAAGGUGCAGGAGAGGAAGAAGUUUAUCGCAACCUCCCUGGGAAUGAUGAGUGACGAGGAGAAGAAGCUCCAGCGGAUCGAGGACAUUAAGGAGUUGCUGAGUUAA